CUUCUCACUUUCCCUCUCAAAUUACACUUUCUGGCGCCUUCGAUUCGAUUUCGAUUCCGUCAGUUUUUUAGGGUUUCAGUUUUCCCUCUCUAUACACUCCAAAGCCCCAAUCUUUGCACUAUCUCUCUCUAUUUUCCCAAAUCAAUCAACUUUCUCGCACUUUCUCGGCUAUCAAACAGCCAGUUACCCUGUUUCGACGAUGGAUGUGAGGUUAACAGAAGGGGCGAUAAUGAAGAUGUGCACAGAGGAGCUCAACGACGGGAGCUUUCAGCCCAUCCUGCAAGUGAUGGACGUGAAGCUGGUCCAUACGGCGGCGCGAAAUGGAGCUCAGCCGGGCCAGGAUAAGGAGAGAUACAGGGUUGUGAUCUCCGACGGGUCGCACUACCAGCAGGGGAUGCUGGGCACCCAGAAGAACACACUGGUUCGGCAAGGUAUGCUUCAGAGCGGCUCCAUCGUCUGCCUCAAACAGUUCACCUGCAACGCAAUCCAAAACCGCCUGAUUAUCAUUAUAAUCGAAUUGGAUUUGGUGCUUGACAAAUGUGAUUUCAUUGGCAGUCCUGUACCGGGACCUAAGUAUUCGAAUGCACAGUCGUCAGGGACGUCACCUGGAAAUUCUCAAUCUCUUGGUGGCACUGCACAUUCUGGCGGCACAGUUCAUCAAACUGGCACGGGGGCUACUCCAGAACAGCCUAGAGUAAAUCAAUCAUUUGGUAGUGCAGCUAGUGCUUACUCUGGUAAUGCUGAGCCAGGAAGAAAUGCUACUAUGAAUACACCUCCCAAUUACCCUAAACCAGAGUCUGGAUUUGGUUUUCCUGGAUCAGCACCAUCAAGUGGGUCAUAUGGCAAUCAGAACAUAGGUUUUCACAACCCUAGACCUGAGGUUCCUCAGCCACCACCAAAUUCUUAUGCCCGCCCACCUCAGCCAUCUUAUCAGCAGCCACCUCCGGUGUAUACUAAUAGAGGACCAGUUGCCAAAAAUGACGCUCCUCCAAGAAUAAUGCCAAUUGCUGCUCUGAAUCCAUAUCAAGGAAGGUGGACAAUCAAGGCUAGAGUGACAGCUAAAGGAGAACUUAGGCGCUAUAACAAUACACGUGGCGAUGGGAAAGUAUUUUCUUUUGAUCUUCUUGAUGCUCAUAAUGGAGAAAUUCGAGCAACCUGUUUUAAUGCAGUGGCUGAUCAAUUCUACAACCAGAUUGAAGUUGGUAAGAUUUAUUUGGUCUCCAGGGGUAGUUUAAAACCAGCUCAAAAGAAUUUCAACCACCUCAACAAUGACCAUGAAAUUCUUUUAGAUAACUCAUCAGUAAUACAGUCAUGUUUUGAGGAUGAUGAUUCGAUUCCACAUCAUAAUUUCAAUUUCAGUCCAAUAAAUCUUGUUGAAGGCUUGGAGAACAACACUAUUGUGGAUGUAAUAGGUGUGGUAUCAUCCAUCAGUCCCCCUGCCUCUAUAAUGAGGAAAAAUGGUGUUGAGACUCAGAAGCGAACCCUCCACUUGAAGGACAUGUCUGGUCGUAGUGUUGAAGUAACUCUUUGGGGAAAUUUGUGCAAUACAGAAGGACAAAGACUGCAGGUUAUGUGUGAUUCUGGUCUAUUCCCGGUGCUUGCUGUAAAAGGUGGUAGAGUCAAUGACUUCAAUGGGAAGGCGGUGGGGACCAUUUCCACAAGUCAGCUUCUAAUAGAGCCUAAUAUCGAGAAGGCUCAUGAGGUGAGGAACUGGUUUGAGAAGGAAGGAAAGAAUACCCCAUGUAUCUCUAUUUCCAGGGAAACGGCGGGUGUGGGUAGAACAGAGAACCGAAAGACUAUAUCCCAAAUUAAAGAUGAGAAGCUAGGGACUUCCGAGAAGCCAGAUUGGAUCACAGUUGGUGCAACCAUUUCAUUUGUAAAGGUUGAUAGUUUUUGCUAUUCAGCAUGCCCAAUCAUGAUUGGUGAUCGACAAUGCAGCAAAAAGGUUACAAAUAAUGGAGAUGGGACUUGGAGGUGUGAAAGAUGCAAUGAGUCCGUGGAAGAAUGUGACUACAGAUAUAUACUCCAGUUUCAGAUACAGGACCAUACUGACUCAACAUGGGUAACUGCAUUUCAGGAGGGUGGUGACGAAAUCAUGGGAUUACCUGCAAAAGAUUUGUAUUUUAUCAAAUUUGAAGAGCAAGAUGAUGAGAAGUUUGCAGAAAUCAUUCAGAAGGUUCUCUUUACCAAAUUCAUUUUCAAGUUGAAAGUAAAGGAGGAGACUUUUAGUGAUGAGCAACGUGUAAAAUCAACAGUUAUCAAAGCUGAGAAAGUGAACCAUUCAUCGCAUGCUAGAUAUCAUUUGGAAUUGAUGGAUAAACUUAAGAUAGAAAAUAUUAGUGCUUCUGCCUCCAAAGCUGACAAUGUAACGCCUAGCGCUGGAAUGAAUGUUGCUGGUGUCGGGAACACUGCAAUUAGACAGCCCACUCCUGCUGUGAAUGUUGGUUACAGUAACAAUGCUGGUAGAGAAUUUGGAGCACCAGAAAAUCAAGCGGGUCACCAUGCGAAUCAGUAUGGCGGUACGUUCCUUUCAGGGGGUUCUGCUGGUUCAUAUCAAAUAUGUAAGAGUUGUGGGGAUGCUGGCCAUAGCUCAAUGAACUGCCCAACUGUAAUGAAUGGCCCAGGACAGUCGUCAGGAGUGGGCUAUAACAAUAGAGUGUCUUCUAGGCCAGGUAUCAGCAAUACUUCUGGUGAAUGCUACAAAUGCCACCAACCUGGACACUGGGCAAGAGACUGUCCUGGGUUAAACACUUCUCCAGCUUAUGGAAGCAGCGGAAUCAACCGUGGGACAUAUGCUGUUUCAAAUCAAGAGGUCGGUCGCUUUUGAGGUUUGCUUGGACAGGGUUUGUAUAAUAGAUGGACGCUUGGUCAGCGUCCUUUGCUGGGUGUCGGAUGUGCUUCUUGAUUAUGGGAUUUUGAGUAGGUGAACUUUUCCCUUGUAGCAGCAGAGGGUUGAACCAUGGUUAGGCUGGAGCUGAACCGAACUUGUAGCCUUUAUUUGAAGCAGUCCUUCCAACUUCAGAAUCAUGUUUUGAAAGAGAAGCUUUGGUGAGAACGCCUCAGACUCUUUGUUAUUACCUAAUAUGUUUUUGUCUUAAUUUCAUGGAUUUUGUUUUUGUUUUAGUCUCUUGUGUAAAGGUAUUGCUUGUACUGAUUAGAAAAGCUUUAAUGAAAUCCCAUGCUAUAAGGGUCUGCGUACGGUUGCCCCAUUUAAGUA